AUGGCUCCCGAUACGAACUCAGUACCUCCAUCCCCUCAACCUCAACCGCCUAGUGGAAUGACCAGUGGUCGCACAUCUGAUGCUCCCUCGUCUCCUUCCUCACGAGGACCCUCCCAGACGAUGGCCACCCCGAUGGUUUCGCACGGCCCGACGGCGCACGCGACAGCCACGCCAAUAGUUGUUGAUCAUGGCAAUGGAGGCACAGGACAAGGCCCGUUGCGUCACCCCAAACCUCUGACGGCUGCCGAUCUGCACCUCAUGCUAGAAAAGGAACAGGAAUCGAUGGUGAAUCGUCUCUCGAGGGAGCUUUCGCUCCUCCGCCAGCAGACUGCUUCCGUGGCGUCCACCGCGUCGUCGACCUCGACGACCUUCAAUGAGUCCCUUGAACCCCUGCACUCCCCCUACAUCAACAGCUCGAUGCACCCGACUGCAUCUAGGCGACACCGGUCAUCGUCAAACCUGAGUUCCUAUAUUCCCGCGGUCCAGGGGUCCCGGGCAGGAGGCAUGGCGGCUGGCAGCCGCCCGGCUACCGAUUUGGGUCGGUCUUGUAGAAGUCGGGAGCCGUCCAUCACCUCCCCUCGCCCGUCAGAGAAUUCGUUGUCGCCGUUGCUGAUGCAGCCGACCUCCCAGCCGUACCAGGGAGAUUAUCUUGCUCACAUUACGAGCAACCAUCAUGCUCCUGCUAGUUCACAAAGAUAUCUUCCCCCCCAACAGGGCUUCUCCGGACAACAGGCAGGAACCAUGUCUCGGCUCGAGGAAAUCGUACACCAACGGGGAGAGCUUGACGCCGUCAAACGCGAGAAUGAAGCCUUGCGCCGGCGAGUCCGCGAGCUAGAGCUCACUCUCAAGAAACACCGUGAGCUCGAAUUGGCCAAAACAGCCGAGGUCUCGCUGGCAGAGGCUAGCCAGGCUUGA